AUGAAGAGGUUCCUCCUGAUGGUUGCACUCUGUGGAGCAUUUUCCUGUGCUUUGCCCAUUGGCCAAGAAACAGAACGCAUUUCAGAAAAUGACAUUGAGUUUGCCAAGAAAUACAUGGAAAACUAUUAUCCUGAAUCAGAGUCAGUAACGCCUGACCCAAGAAGAAGUCGCAGAAGUACUGACCCUAGUGACAAACUUCGACAAAUGCAGGCAUUCUUUGGGCUGAAAGUGACCGGCAAUCUAGACCAGAGUACUUUAGACACCAUGAAGAAGCCCAGGUGUGGGGUUCCUGAUACAGAAAAAUUCAGCACUCAUAAAUGGGGAAAGAAAAACUUAAAAUACAGUAUUCGGAACUACACACCAGACAUGCAUCAGGCUGAUGUAGAUAAAGCAAUUGAGAGAGCUUGGAAAUUGUGGAGUGAUGUGACCCCCCUGACCUUUACGAGGGAUGAUAAAGGCCCUGCAGACAUAGAGAUCUCUUUUGUUGCUGGAUAUCAUCGUGAUAAUUUUCCAUUUGAUGGCCCUGGGAGUACACUGGCUCAUGCCUUUUAUCCUCGCUAUGGUGGAAAUGCCCAUUUUGAUGAGUCUGAAUAUUGGUCAAAGGAUUUGAAAGGAACCAACCUUUACCUUGUUGCUGCCCAUGAAUUUGGCCACUCACUGGGUCUUAAGCAUAUCAAUGUUUCGGGGUCUGUAAUGUAUCCAACGUACACAGGUUGGAACCUUGAAUCCUUCAGGCUUCUUAAGGUUGACAUAGAAAGAAUCCAGUACCUUUAUGGAGCCCCGCAAGAAAGCAAAGGUUCAUCGGGAAACUCCAUACAGGCACAAAAUAUUCUAGGAGGAGUAUCGUCCACAGACUUGUGUGACCCUCAUCUAACUUUUGAUGCUGUCACUACUCUCCGAGGGGAAUCCUUGUUCUUUAAAGACAGCUUCUUCUGGCGAAAGAAUUCCCCAAGUGCAGAGGCUGUAAAAACUCCGAUUUCUGAAUUCUGGCCAGCUUUGAGCAGUGGCGUAGAUGCUGCCUAUGAAGUUGAAGACGAAGAUACAGUAUUUCUUUUCAAAGGAGAUAAAUAUUGGGCUACUAAGGGAAAUAUCAUACAGCCUGGUUUCCCGAAAAAUAUCCACCACUUGGGCUUCCCCAGAACAGUUAAGAAAAUUGAUGCAGCUGCUUAUGACAAAAGCUCAAAGAAAACAUACUUCUUUUCGGGCAACAAGUACUGGAGAUACGAUGAAGCCAAGAAUUCCAUGGAGAAGGGCUAUCCAAGGACGAUAACAGCUGACUUCCAUACAAUUGGCCCCAAGGUGGAUGCUGCUUUUCUAGAUGAUGGACGUUUCUAUCUGUUCAAUGGCUCAAAUCAGUAUGAGUUUGACUACGGAACCAAAAGAUUUCUUGCAAUAAAGAAGAACAACAGCUGGUUCAACUGCCAGUGACACGGGAGUAAGAAAAAGUGGAGCAGCAAAGGACAUCAGAAGCCCUGUUUCACCGUGCAUCAAGCACCCACCAUUGCAUUAUUGGCAUUACACAGUCUAUCCACUGUUUCUGAGCC